GUUUUGUGAAGACUGGCGAAAGAAGGACUUGACAUUCUCAACUUGUGUUUUUUCUUCCUUUUUUCCUCGAGUUUUCCAAGUGUCAAAGCUUUUGCAAUGGGUAUUAAACAAUUAUACUCGGUUAUCUCAGAAAACGCCCCCGAUGCGAUUAAAUCGGGGGAUAUCAAGAAUCACUUCGGUCGGAAGGUCGCUAUUGAUGCUUCUAUGAGUAUCUACAGUUUCCUGAUCGCCGUCCGAUCCGAAGGCCAGCAGCUUAUGAGCGACACGGGCGAGACGACGUCGCAUCUGAUGGGCAUGUUCUACCGCACGCUGCGAAUGGUAGAUAACGGCAUCAAGCCCCUAUAUGUAUUUGACGGAGCUCCGCCGAAGCUGAAGUCCGGCGAGCUGGCCAAGCGUACGGCGCGGAAAAGCGAGGCGACGGAAGCGCACGAAGAGGCCAAGGAGACGGGUACGGCGGAGGAUGUCGAGAAGUUUUCGCGACGGACCGUGCGCGUCACGAGGGAGCACAACGCGGAAUGCAAGAAGCUCAUCAAGCUGAUGGGUAUCCCCUAUAUUGACGCGCCGACGGAGGCUGAGGCGCAAUGCGCGGUUCUCGCCCGCGCCGGGAAGGUCUAUGCUGCCGCGUCGGAGGAUAUGGACACACUUUGCUUCGAGGCGCCGAUUCUCUUACGGCAUCUUACGUUCAGUGAGCAGCGGAAGGAGCCCAUUCAGGAGAUCCAUUUGAACCGUGCGCUGGAAGGCCUCGGUAUGGAUCGGAGCCAGUUUAUCGAUCUAUGUAUCCUACUGGGGUGCGAUUACCUCGAGCCAAUUCCCAAGGUGGGACCCAACACGGCGUUGAAAUUAAUCCGGGAGCACGGCAGCCUGGAGAAGGUGGUCGAGGCCAUCGAGAACGACCCCAAGAAGAAAUACGUCAUUCCCGAGGACUGGCCGUACCAGGACGCGCGCGAGCUGUUCCUCAACCCCGACGUCCGGGACGCCAGCCACGCCGACUGCGACUUCAAGUGGGAUGCGCCCGACGUGGAGGGGCUCAUCGACUUCCUGGUCAAGGACAAGGGGUUCAACGAGGACCGGGUGCGCAACGGGGCUGCUCGGCUGCAGAAGAACCUAAAGUCGGCCCAGCAGUCCCGGCUGGAGGGCUUCUUCAAGCCCAUGGCCCGGACAGACGCGGAGAAGGCCAACCUGAAACGCAAACACGACGAGAAGCUGCAGGAGCAGAAGAAGCGCAAGAAGGACGAGGCGAAGGCCAAGAAGGAGGCCAAGGCCAGACCUCGCGGUGCCGGGUAGACGCGAGGACGAACCAGGAGGAUCACUCCGUAGGAAUCAGAAUAAUAUUUAUGGGCCGAAUGAAAAUCAACAAAAUCAAAGCAAAAGCGGGCAACUGGGAGCAAAACAGGCGUUGAGCGGAGACCGGGAUUAAUUGACAACAACUUGCGUUCGGACGAGGCGUGGCGGUUCCCUAUUGGAAUGCCAGCGUCCAACCGUCCCUGUACCUAGGAAUAUGCUGUACGAAUGAGAUAAUUUU